GCGCCACCAGCAACACCAGCCGCGGAAACAACGCCGUAUGAAUGGGGUUGUUUCGGUUGUUUAGGCCCUCCUGUAAAACUUAAGGGAUAUCAUUUUUUAGUACUUUUUCAGGUCCUAAUUGGAGCAAUUUAGCUGCUAACAGUGUCAGAUGAAGCCGCUUCAAGUCCCCGCACCAAAGCCAGUUCAGCACGAUGCCGCCACGCCGCCACGGACAGCUAACUAGCCGCUAGCAGCUAAAGCCACCAGCGCUAGUCUCCCCCCAAUGAGAGAAACAUUACAACAUAGCCUCCAUUCAACUAACCCUGGCCGUGUGAGCGAGUGCUCGGCAGCAAGCGGGAGAAAUGGAGCUGAACUUCUACUCGGAUCUGUCAGACGGCUGCGCGCAGAGCGACUCGGAGUUCCUGAACACACCGGGAUAUGUGGGACUGACGGAGCAGAGCAAGUUUGCAGAGGGAGGGGACAGUUAUCUCUCCAUCGGUGGAGCCGGUCACCCGUUUCUGUCUGCAGAGCAAACCUUCCACACCCCCAGUCUCGGGGAUGAGGUCUUCGAGAUCCCCCCCAUCUCCCUGGACCCGGACCAGGCGCUGGGCAUCAGCGACGCCGUGUCCCACUUCGAGCUGGCGGACGGAGCCGAGGGGCCCGCCGGCUCCUCCGGGUCCUCCGGCUCCAGGGACUUCGUCAGCAACCUGGUGGUGGAGACCAACGACCCGUCCUUCGCCUCCACCUUCGUCAACUCGGGCUCCCAGGGUCUGGAGCAGCUGGGCAUCGGGGCGAUGGUGCAGUCUGGGGGAGGGGGCCUGCUCAGCUCUUCUGCACUGGAAAUGGUCGGUUCUAGCGGUUCCCAUUUCAGCAGUUCCUCCCCCAUGACCAUCGAUGUCCAGCUUGGUGACAUUGGCCACGGCCUUUUGGGAAGCAGCCUCAGCACCAUUAACCAGUCGGAGCUGGUUCUGGGUCUCGGCGGGGGAAGCAUCGGUCAACAUUCAGACGCUCUUGAGCAGCCGCUGUCGGCGACGCCGUCACCGACUGGCUCCUUGCAGGAUGAGGACUUGAACGACUUCAAGAAGAGUGUGCUGGUGGAGCCACCCAUGUCUCUCUCCUCCUCGUCCAUUUUCUCGCACAUGUCCUCCCACCUGGCUCCCCCGUCCUCGCUGCCCCCGGCUGCAGCUCGGAGGGGAGGGGGGAAGCCAGCCGCGCUGGCCUUGGCCACCGAGGCUGCGGGGGUGAAGAAAGGGAGGAAAAAGAAAGAUCCCAACGAGCCGCAAAAGCCCGUUUCGGCAUACGCUCUGUUCUUUAGGGACACCCAGGCCGCUAUCAAAGGCCAGAACCCCAAUGCCUCUUUCGGCGAGGUGUCAAAGAUUGUGGCGUCCAUGUGGGACAGCCUGGCGGAGGACCAGAAACAGGUGUACAAAAGAAAGACGGAAGCGGCCAAACGGGAGUAUUUGAAGGCGCUUGCAGCGUACAAAGCCAACCAACUCUCACAGUGUGUCAUUGAGGAGAUGGAAACGUGCCCCUCACCGCCUCCCCCUGCAGUUAAUCUGACGCCUGCAGCCCCGCCCUCUGCUGGUCAUCAGUUCAUCCGCCCGGCCCUGGGGACCAGCAGCGUGCAGGAGAACACCAUCACCAACAUCUGUGCGUCCAACAUCAUCCUGGACGUGCCAGAGAGGACCACGCGUUCCCGCACCGGAGCCAACAAAGCUUCCAGCCCCGGAGCGGCGGCGCCGCUGACCCAGACCAUCACCAAGAUCAUAAUCCCCAAGCACAUCCUGCAGGGAGGGGGGCAGGUGGUGACGGUGCUGCCCGGGGGGGUCCACGCCUUGCAGCCGACGCUGCUGGUGUCGAGCGCCGCGCGCCAGCCUCCUCCGCUGCAGCAGAUGCAGAACGCGCCCCCUCUGCCUCGGCUCCAGCAGAUGGCGCCAGCACCGCCGCCGCUGCAGGCCAAACCCCGAGAGGGGAAUUUAGUACCAGGUCCUCUCAUGUCUGUCCCAGCAACACCCCCACCUCCGCUCCAGAUAAAGAUAGUUCCUGCCACCAUCCGGGAGAAAGACACCCCCCAGGCUGUUUUGCCCAACGCUGCAGGUGUUCCAGCGGCGCCAUCGGCCCAGUUGCUGCAACAAGUGAACUCUGUUGAGACGCCGUGCAGUCUGGACGAGGAUGUCGUCACCGAAGAGGAUGUGAUGGAGGUGAAUGGAUACAGUCACGCCGCUCUCUCGACUCACAGGAGUGUGUGUGUGAGAGCCGGCUGCAACAAUCCAGCGGUAGACAACAAAGACUGGGACAGGGAAUACUGCAGUAAUGAAUGUGUGGCCACUCACUGCAGAGACGUGUUUCAGGCCUGGUGCUCCAUCAGGAAUCAGUCCCUGGGAGCAGUGAAGUAACGAUGGUCGCACAGAAGGACUCGUGUCUGAAAGCUCCUCCUCCAAGAACCAGCGUGCUAAAGGAACGAGCUCAGCUUAGUUCCCAACACAUGACUGACAUUUGUAUUUCUAACUGGGUUUUACACGAAUCGUAGGUUCAGGACAGUCAUUUUUCAUUCUACAUUUAGAAAAGCUGUUUUAAACUAGUGCUGUUACGUAAUUACAGGAACCUCUGUAAUGUUACCAGGUGUCAGUGUGAAUAUGUACACGACUCUCAGUCGGGCAUCAGAUUACUACAAGGCAGCUGAAGAACUUUGAAAGUUUAAAAUGAACUUUAAAAAUUUUCUCUCUUUUAUAUUGAGUUAAUGUAACUUUUUGAAAAGGGAAGAAAAGAGCAAAGAUGAAAAUGAAUUAUUUUACCACGCUCUUUCUGUAAAGUAAAGCAAGUUUAUGUCAUUCAUUCCUUUAUUUUCAAGGCUUCACAGAUAAAACCACUUACUUUUAAACACGCUUUUGAACAGCAACGGUGGAGCCUAAGGAUAACCAAACUCUCCACCAGUGCCGUUAACGCCAUCAUCUAACUCUGUUAACUGUGAUCUAAUUUAUUUGUACUUCACAUUUCAUACGCAAAGGCAACUUAGUCUUUUAAGGCAUUACAGUGUAAAGAACAAAAAUGUAUAAAAAAAAAAUGUAAAUUAAAAAUCAGGACCGAGCACACCGAUUCAGAAUGAAUUCUUAAAGAUUUAUGAGUGUGUUGUAGGAUUUUGUACAUUUUAAAGUGUUCUGUUACUUAUGAGAAGUUUAGCAGACCAUGCCUUAGUUUGUAUCACUGUAUGUUUGGUAUCAACGGUGGCCUUUCAGGCUCUAUAUUGCCUUUAUUUUUUAGAUCUUCAUGUUUUUUUUUUAAAUAAAUGAGCAAACCUGCUCAAACUUC